AUGGAUAUCGAAGAGGACAUUCGUUCUCUACAGCUUGACUCAGCAGCAGAAGACAUAAAUGGGGUGGUAAAUCCAGAAGACGGGAAGCCAGAUGUUGAUAAUUUAGAUAAGAUGGAUGAAGAUCCAAAGCAGGAGGUUCAGGCUCAGGCUGUUGAGGUUGAGCCAAAUGCAAAAGAUAACGAAGUUCAGGCUGUUGAGGCCGAGCCAAAAGCAAAGGAUAAGGAAAUCCCUUCUGUUCAAGAUGAAGAAGCUGAGCAGAUGGAGAAAAGGCACUUGAAUGUCGUGUUUAUUGGACAUGUUGACGCUGGCAAGUCUACAACUGGAGGUCAGAUACUUUUCCUCAGCGGUCAGGUUGAUGAUCGGACUAUUCAAAAAUAUGAGAAAGAAGCCAAGGACAAAAGUAGAGAAAGCUGGUACAUGGCUUAUAUUAUGGACACAAAUGAGGAGGAAAGAGCAAAGGGAAAGACAGUUGAAGUUGGAAGAGCACACUUUGAGACAGAGACAACGAGGUUCACCAUUUUGGAUGCACCUGGCCACAAGAGCUAUGUUCCUAAUAUGAUCAGUGGUGCAUCUCAAGCUGACAUUGGAGUGUUGGUAAUUUCUGCCCGGAAGGGAGAGUUUGAAACUGGAUAUGAGAAAGGUGGACAAACUCGUGAACAUGUCCAGCUUGCAAAAACAUUGGGUGUGACUAAGCUGCUCGUGGUUGUCAAUAAAAUGGACGAUCCUACAGUAAACUGGGCAAAAGAAAGGUAUGAUGAAAUCGAGUCAAAGAUGAUUCCAUUUCUAAGGCAAUCAGGAUACAAUGUAAAGAAAGAUGUCUCGUUUUUACCAAUAUCGGGGCUCAUGGGUUUAAACUUAAAAACUAGAAUGGAUAAAAGCAAUUGUCCAUGGUGGGAUGGGCCUUGCUUAUUUGAAGCCCUUGAUAGUAUUGAUGUUCCUAUGGGAGAUCCCAAAAGUCCUUUCAGGAUGCCUAUAAUUGACAAGUUCAAAGACAUGGGGACUGUUACUAUGGGCAAAGUUGAAUCUGGGACUAUCCGGGAGGGAGAUUCCCUUUUCAUUAUGCCAAAUAAGGAUCAUGUUAAAGUCGUUGCUGUAUAUAUUGAUGAAAAUCGGGUUAAACGUGCCGGACCUGGUGAAAAUUUACGGGUUCGAGUAUCUGGUGUUGAAGAAGAAGACAUAUCAUCUGGGUUCGUCCUUUGUAGUGUUGCAAAUCCAAUACCAGCAGUUACCGAGUUUGUUGCUCAGUUGGCAAUACUUGAAUUAUUGGACAAUGCUAUUUUUACUGCUGGAUACAAGGCUGUUCUGCACGUUCACUCUGUAGUUGAGGAAUGUGAGAUUGUUGAACUAUUGCAACAAAUUGACCCGAAGACAAGGAAGCCUAUGAAAAAGAAAGUUCUCUUUGUAAAGAACGGCGCUGUUGUAUUAUGCCGUGUUCAGGUUAGUAACUUGAUAUGCGUUGAGAAGUUCUCUGAUUUUCCACAACUAGGGAGGUUCACUCUUCGUACUGAAGGAAAAACUGUUGCUGUGGGAAAAAUCACUGCUAUGUGA